AUGUCCGAGCUUUGGUACAAGAGACCUGCCGCCGGGUGGGAUGAGGCCCUACCGGUGGGAAAUGGGCGUUUGGGGGCCAUGGUCUAUGGGAGAACCGAUGCUGAGCUGCUUCAGCUGAAUGAGGAUUCUGUUUGGUAUGGAGGCCCGCAGGAUCGCAUUCCAGACGAUGCUUUGAGAAACCUACCACAUCUAAGGGAGCUGAUUCGACAAGGCGCUCAUACUGAGGCAGAGGAGUUGGUUCGUCGCGCGUUCUUUGCAUCCCCAAAUAGCCAGCGGCAUUAUGAGCCUCUGGGGACACUGUCGUUGGAGUUUGGGCAUCCAUUUGAUCAAGUGAAAAGCUUUCGACGCUCUUUAGAUUUAAAGACGGGCAUUUCCCAUGUGGACUAUGAGUAUGAUGGUGUGCAGUUCCAUCGUCAGGUACUCGCCAGUUACCCAGACAGUGUGCUGGCCAUCCGAGUACAGGCAUCAAGAUGCACCGAGUUCUUAGUCCGCCUCAGUCGACUUAGCGAGCUGGAAUACGAAACAAAUGAGUUCCUGGAUGAUAUUGUGGUGGAAGGACAGUUUAUAACGAUGCACGUCACCCCUGGUGGGAGAGACAGUAAUCGGGCUGCCUGCAAACUGACCAUUCGUUGCGAGAGUGACAAACAGGGCCCUACAAGAAUCGAGAGAGUGGGCAAAGCUCUCGUCGUCAAUGCGAGCGACGCUCUUAUUCUGAUAGCAGCUCAGUCGACAUAUCGAUACAAGGAUAUCGACCACGCGACCAGGGUCAACUUGACAUCAGCCCUUGCCCAUUCAACAGACACUAUAUGGAGUCGACAUGUUGCGGAUUAUCAAGCCCUAUAUGGUCGUUUGGAACUGCUGUUAGGGCCAGACGCAACAGACAUACCGACAGACGAGCGGAUCCUCAACGCGCGAGACCCAGGCCUCAUCGCCCUAUACCUUCAUUAUGCUCGCUAUCUGCUGAUAUCCUGCAGCCGUCCAGGCAAAGUGGACGACUCUGACCGUGUUCUCCCCGCCACGCUGCAGGGAAUCUGGAACCCAUCAUUCCACCCGCCCUGGGGCUGUCGAUACACACUCAACAUCAACCUACAGAUGAACUAUUGGCCUGCCAAUGUAGGCAACCUGGCUGAGUGCGAGCAGCCUCUGUUCGCCCUGCUUGAGCGCCUUGCCGCCACUGGUGCUGAAACUGCUCGCAAAAUGUAUGGCUGCCGCGGGUGGACGGUGCACCAUAAUACCGACCUAUGGGCAGAUACAGGGCCUGUGGAUCGCUGGAUGCCGGCUACGUUGUGGCCUCUUGGUGGUGCUUGGCUGUGUACUCAUAUAUGGGAGCAUUAUCUUUUUAGUGGCGAUAGACGUUUUCUAAGGCGGAUUCUCCCAGUGCUAAUAGGCUGUGUUGAAUUCCUGCUGGACUAUUUGGUAUACGAUGCCUCAGGUCAGUAUAAGGUAACUAACCCAUCGUUGUCGCCUGAGAAUACGUUCCGAGAUGAGAAAGGUAACGCGGGAAUACUCUGCGAAGGCUCAACAAUCGACAUCCAACUAGUCCGCGCUGUCCUGGAGGCAUUUGUUGCAGCGCUAAGGGUACUCGACGUUACAGAGAACAAGCUUUUACUCGAAGUGCGUGACACUCUACGACGCCUGCCACCUCUGAGAAUCGGCUCAGCAGGACAGCUCCAGGAGUGGAUGGUCGACUAUGAAGAGCUGGAACCCGGCCAUCGGCACGUCUCGCACCUUUGGGCCUUAUAUCCAGGGUACGACAUUAAUCUGGUUACUACGCCCGAACUCGCAAAAUCCUGCGCAGUCACUCUCAAACGACGACAAUCAGCCGGGGGCGGCCAUACGGGCUGGAGCAGGGCGUGGCUACUCAAUCUGCAGGCGCGUCUGAGGGAUGCGGAUGAAUGCGCAAAUCAUAUAGAGCAGCUUUUGGCAAAAUCAACUCUUCCAAACCUUCUGGAUACACACCCGCCGUUCCAGAUUGAUGGUAACUUUGGCGGAGGUGCCGGGAUACUGGAGAUGCUGGUGCAGUCGCAUGAAGACGGUAAAAUACGAUUGCUCCCUGCCUGUCCACCCAUUUGGAAAAGUGGGAGACUGCGAGGAGUUCGGGCGCGUGGUGGUUUCGAGCUGGAGUUUGGAUGGGAAGAUGGAGCGAUAUGUGGUCCUGUUAUAGUGAAGUCAGAGCUGGGUCUUAGGGCUAUAGUCCAGUAUCCCAACGAUGGGCCGCGUAGGAUUGUAGAGGGCAUGGGCAGUUUCAUCCUCAACGGGGACGAUUGA